UUUCUUAAGGCUCUUAACACCGGAACGAAAUGUUGUGUUAUGUUGAGGAUGCCCGGAGCUUUUUCCAUGCGCACCGCGUCUCUGCUUGACGGCCAUUCAGCAGCUUAAACUGUAAUAGGGCGCUGGACAUUGUAGGACUUCGUUUCAGCCCCAUUUAAAGCCAUGACGCUUUUCCAUUUUGGCAACUGUUUUGCCUUGGCGUAUUUCCCAUACUUCAUCACAUACAAAUGCAGCGGGCUAUCUGAAUACAAUGCAUUCUGGAGAUGUGUUCAAGCUGGGGCCACUUACCUCUUUGUACAGCUUUGCAAAAUGCUGUUUCUUGCCACAUUUUUUCCCACCUGGGAAGGAGGAGCUGGAGUAUAUGACUUUGUUGGGGAAUUCAUGAAGGCCACAGUGGACAUGGCAGAUCUGCUAGGACUUCACCUCGUCAUGUCCAGAAACGCUGGGAAGGGAGAAUACAAAAUAAUGGUGGCUGCUAUGGGCUGGGCCACAGCUGAGUUGGUUAUGUCAAGGUGCAUUCCUUUGUGGGUGGGAGCUCGAGGCAUUGAGUUUGAUUGGAAAUACAUCCAAAUGAGCUUUGACUCCAACAUCAGUUUGGUUCACUACAUUGCUAUGGCUGCAGUAGUAUGGAUGUUCACACGGUAUGACCUUCCAAAAAGCUUCCGCUUGCCUGUAACUGUACUGCUGGGACUUUGCGUUUACAAGGCCUUCCUAAUGGAAUUGUUUGUUCAUGUGUUCCUCCUUGGGAGCUGGACGGCUCUGUUGGUGAAGGCGGUGCUCACCGGUGCCAUCUCCCUCUGUUCUCUCUUCCUCUUCAUCACACUGGUUCACAGCAACUGAGGCUUUUCUCAUGUUGCUACACGUUCAGGUAUUUUUGAAGAAAAUACCCACAAUGCCAUAUAGGACAUUUUUGUCUUAACAGAGGGGCCAGCCAGAUUGUUAGUACUGUAAUUGUGUUUUGUAUGUCUGUCAAAUUAAAUUAAAAUUGUACAGAAAUCUGUUCUU